GAACCUCCGCAACACAUUUGCUGCCCCCUUUAACCCCCUUCCUCCCUCCCUCCCUCCUCCUUGUCGUCUCGCGCCGAUGGAGUCCUCACCGACGCCCGCCUCAGCAAUGUCGGCGCCGUCCCCCGCUUCGUCGUCGCGAUCGAGGGACAAUCGCCUCCUCGUCGGCUUCGACCUCCCGGCCUCCUGGGGCUACCGCCGGCCCAUGGCCUUCUGCAAGGACCCCGACUCCAGCCCCCCUGCGGCGGCGGCGGCGGCGGGCGACGAGGCGCUGCGCAACAGCUCCCGAUCUCCGCCGAAAGCUGCCCCCGUGGCGGCGCCGGGGGAGUCCAAGCACGCCCCUCCGGCCGACGAGGGCGCCGCGGCGGAGGAAUCUGCCCGGAAGCAGUACUACCAGCUGAGGGACCGGAGGGGCGGCCGGGACGGCGCGGAGGACGCGCAGGAGCACAGGAAGCUCUGGAACAUGGACGGCGGCGGCUCCUCCUCCGGCGGCAGGAUCAGCGCCGGGUUCUCGGUGGAGCUCACCAAGCAGGAGAUCGAGGCGGACUUCCUCGCGAUGACCGGCAAGAAGCCGCCGCGCCGGUACAAGAGGAGGCCCAAGGUCGUCCAGCGCCAAAUCAACUCCAUCUCCCCCGGCGAGUUUCUCUCGGAGGUGAACCGCGAUCGCUACAAGGUGAACGAGAAAGGGGGAUUCUGAGGAGUCGCGAUCCGGAGCAAGAGAUGGAUUUCCUGCCGGGAAUUGUGGGUCGAGCAAGAGAUGGUUCAUCAUCAGAGUUGAGGUUGAAGUCGAAGUGCGUCAUGUCAUGAGAGUCGAUAGAUAGAUUCAGGGUUGAAUAGUUUCAGUUCGUCAAUGCUUUGGCAAUUGAUCGUGUAUCAUGUAAUGUGAGUCAGUCAAACCCUAAUACAGUGUAUGUUGGGGGUGUUUUAUUGGUUUAUCAUCGGGAUAUGGUUCAAGGAUUUCUCCUGUGCUGCUCCUGUAUCUGUUGUUGAGUGUCGAAGCCAGUUGUGCUGCAGAAGAACCUCAGAUCUUGGUUGCAGGCCGGCAGAAAUGGGGACUAUUGUAGAAUCUUCAUCAACUUUUCAUGUCAGUCACAGUCGUCAAUUUAUAUCCUUUUUUGUUGUUGCAUCCUUAGUUUUCCUGAAGCAUUUCUCCAUCUUGAUCUGAA